ACUUCCGCUGAGAGUGACUGUAAGCAGCAGUACAGCAGAGCAGAGCUGAAGAGAGCAGAGCUGAACAGAGCGGCUAUCAGGCUUAACCUGUUGACUGUGAGCGCGCUGGAAACGCAUGGAGGGCUUUUUAGUAGCUGAGCUGAUCGAAGCGUGAGAACCCAGUGCUGCUGAUGAAGCAGAGGAGCCGUUUCCACCUCGCCACGACGCAAAGUCUCUCAGCGGAGACGCGCUUUGUCCACGCUCCUCUUCCACCUCCACCUCCUCCUCCUCAUCAUCACCAUCAUCAUCAUCAUCAUCAUCAUCGCCAUCAUCACCAUCAUCACUAGCAGCGGCACCCGUCUCCCCUUCGCCACACCGAAGGGCGCACAAGAGCGAGAGCGCGAGCGCGGCGAGCUCCCGGAGAGGCGCGCGACCGGCGAUCCGCGAUGAACGUGCACGUGAUGUCCGAGCACAAGCUGUCCUCGGUGGCACCGCUGAAGCCGUACAAUGCGGAGAAGAAGGAUGUGGAGCUCAUCCUGGUCAAGGAGCACAACGGCGUCCAGUACACCAGCUCGAGCGUGGCGGGCUCGCGCACGUGCCCCCGCACCUCCUCUUCCGCCGAUCGCGAAGACCGGGAGACAUGGGGCAAGAAACUGGACUUUCUGCUGUCCGUCAUAGGCUUUGCUGUGGACUUGGCCAACGUGUGGAGGUUCCCUUAUCUGUGCUAUAAGAACGGAGGAGGGGCCUUCCUGAUCCCAUACAUCAUGUUCCUGUUCAUUGCGGGGAUGCCACUCUUUUACAUGGAGCUGGCUUUGGGCCAGUAUAACAGAGAAGGUGCAGCCACUGUGUGGAAAAUCUGCCCUGUCUUCAAAGGCGUUGGCUACACUGUGAUCAUCAUAGCUUUGUAUGUGGGCUUCUACUACAACGUCAUCAUAGCGUGGUCUCUGUACUACCUGUUCUCCUCAUUCACAAGUGAACUGCCCUGGCAACACUGUAACAACACAUGGAACAGCCCCCUGUGCAAAGACCCCAAACUCAUCAAUGGCUCCUCCUUACUGGGUAAUGCAUCCUAUGCCAAGUACAAGAGAACGCCUGCUGCAGAAUUCUACGAACGUGAAGUGCUGCACUUCCAUGAGAGUCAAGGGAUUCAUGACCUCAAAGAACCUCGCUGGCAACUCACCCUUUGCCUUGUGGUGGUGGUGUUCAUUCUCUACUUCAGUCUGUGGAAGGGUGUUAAAUCCUCUGGAAAGGUGGUUUACAUCACUGCCACCAUGCCCUACAUUGUGCUGCUGGUGUUGCUGAUUCGAGGCAUCACUCUACCUGGUGCUCUGAAUGGAAUCCGUGCGUAUCUCCACAUUGACCUAAAGAAGCUCAACAGCCCUGAAGUGUGGAUUGAAGCUGCCACUCAGAUUUUCUACUCUCUGGGGGCAGGUUUUGGAGUCCUUAUCGCCUUUGCCAGCUACAAUAAAUUUGAAAAUAACUGCUACAGGGAUGCCAUCCUGACCAGCACUAUCAACUGCGUCACCAGUUUCUUCUCAGGGUUCGCCAUCUUCUCAGUGCUGGGUUACAUGGCCCAUGAGCAUGGUGUCAGCAUUAAGGAAGUGGCCACUGAAGGGGCUGGUCUAGUGUUCAUUAUCUACCCAGAGGCCAUUUCCACUCUUCCUGGCUCCACUUUCUUUGCCAUAUUCUUCUUCAUCAUGCUCCUGACCCUCGGCAUCGACAGUUCUAUGGGUGGAAUGGAAGCAGUCAUCACUGGACUCACAGACGACUUCAAAAUCCUCAGGAGGAACAGGAAAUUGUUCACCUUCGUCACCGCAUUUGGAACCUUUCUGGUUGCCUUAUUGUGCAUUACCAAAGGAGGGAUCUAUGUCUUCACUCUGCUGGACACCUAUGCUGCAGGGACGUCUAUUCUAUUUGGGGUUCUCGUGGAGGCCGUAGGAGUGUCCUGGUUCUAUGGCGUGGACAGAUUCAGUGAGGACAUUGAACGGAUGAUGGGCUUCAAGCCAGGACUCUACUGGAGGCUCUGCUGGAAGUUCGUCAGCCCUGUUUUUCUACUGGUUGUGGUGAUAGCUAGCAUUCUCACCACCCGUGAGCUCAAAUAUGACAACUACAUCUUCCCUUACUGGGCUAAUUUGGUGGGCUGGGGCAUCGCUAUGUCCUCAAUGAUGUUCGUGCCCUUGUACGCCAUCUACAAGUUCCUCAGCUUGCCAGGCACCUUUAAGCAGCGGAUAGCAUACUGCAUUACUCCCGAGCAUGAACAUCACUUGGUGGCAGAGGGGAAUGUGAGGCAGUUUAAGCUAAAACACUGGCUUGCCAUCUAAUGUGGCCUGGAGAUGAAGUGCUAUGACGAAUCCCAGGUGGCUGAUGGAGAAGAUGUGCUGUGUGUGUGGUUCCUGAGAGAAAGGUGCCUCCAGUGAGGUGGACAAAGCGAAGCGAUGACUUCUGUGUAUUUCUCCACCACUUACCCUACCGUCCACGCCACUCCGCUUCUGUCCUGUGGCUGACUUUUUUUCCCAUUGGUGGAUGAAAUCCGUGUUUUUUAUGUCUGUAUUUUUUAGUUUUGAUUUUUUUUUAUGUUGACAUUACACCUCUGAAACCUCAGAAAGCUCCUCAUAAGAGUGCCAUGCCGGGACAUAACAGGUAUUUUCCAGUUUUGAUGACCAUGUUUUUAGUUUAGGUUUUUUUUUUUCAUUUUAGAUUUCAUUUUAGAUGACUUUGUGGCUCCCCUUCUCCUCCAAUGUAAAUCAUUCAGUGUCUGUAAAAAUAGAAACAUACCAAAACACAGUAAUUUUAUGUCUGCAAGAGUGAGUUGCAUGUGUGUGUCAGCAAGCAUGACCAGUAAAAUAACACAUAAUAGUCUUUUUUAAAGAAAAAAAUCAAGAUAUAAUGUGUUACACACACCUUUAGUUAGGUGUGCAGUAGAUAUCCUUUCAUUAGCCCAGUGUUUGGUGGAGAACAGAAUUACCCUGGCCUUUCUAUCACUGCCCAAGGAUCUCUCACCCUCUUUCCUGUACCAGACCAUCAUUUGAAGUAGUAAAAGAUAGCUUGCAGGUAAUACCUGAAACCAAUUUUGCUUUCUAGACAUGCACCACAAUGUCAGUGCCUUACUGUCAACUUUCUAAUUGAUAGAUUUGCUGCUCAUUCUCACAAACCCUAAACUUGGGUGCUCACUGCAACUAAAGCAUUAAAUUACUGUCCUUUUUGAUAUUCACAAAACCAAAGGCACAUCAUACUGUCACCUUUCCAAAUGGACCAGGUGUUAUGCUUUUAGUUGUACCCAAAAGAGAUCAAAAGCUUUCCUGUGUGUAUGUGUAAGACAAAAAAGGGAAUAGCACAUUUUACACUUCAACGAUCAUUUCAAGGCUUAAGUUACAGAUGACCUGUAAUUACAAUCCAAAACAAAAUUUAAUGGCAUACUACGAUAAUGCAGGACCUUUUACAUCUUUGAGGCAAUCUUUGUUACUUUUUCUUCAGUCUUUGUUGAAUUUGCACUAUACAAAGAGUUCUUCUUCUGAUUGGGUAACCAGUUGUAAUAAGAUGUGUUAAUAUAUCAUUGGUGAGGUGUUAGGUAUUUCUUAUUAAUCAUUAAUAAAAUGUUAUUUGUGCAUUGAUUAACAUUAGCAAAUGCAUUUCCAUGUGUGAAUAAAUUAGCUGAUGGCUUAUAGAUCAUAUUAAAAUGUGAUAGUUUUGCAAAUGUUUUUAUAAUGUUAGGAUUUUAGGUUUUAUGGUAGUGCUUAAAAGUCCACUUUUAAUUUUUGUGAAUUAUUUUUAGCCUUCGUUGCACAGGUAGAUUACUGCGCAGUUCUUCAAAACUCCUCAUAGAAAAUAGCAAUAUGAAGAGAAGAAUAAAGUUAUGUAACAUAUAAAAAAUAUAUAUGAACAAAAGUUUAACAAAGUAGAACAUAAUUGGCCUUGCUUGUGGAUGACCCUCAUCUCCUUUCUCUCAGCGCAGUGGUAUCUGUUAGCUAACAUAACAGACUUUGCAGUUAGCAUUCUCCUCCAAGUGUGUUGAGUUAUCCAGUGAUGCUGUGUUAGCGGCAGUUUGAAAAUAUGUGAUGUUGCUUCACAUUCCUCAAAGGAAGCACGUGCUAGCCUUUGGCCUCCAAGUCUGGUGGAGUCGAUUUUACUCUACAGACUCUGUAUUACUCUGUAUUUGUAGACCACAUGAAUCUGAAGCUGAUUGCAACAUGGCUUAGUGCAUGUUCCAUAUAAGCCAUGAAAUACAGUCCUGUGCAAAAGACUACCCUACAUUUAAUUUCCAGUCAAAAUAGACAUUACAUCAUAGUUAUUCAUUUUCAGAAGAUGUUUCUGAGGACAUUCUAUGUAAGAUAUAUGUAUAAGAAAACAAAAUCAAUGGAAAAAAAUAUUGACUAACGUUGCUUUCAUCUUUGAGAGAACCAGAAACCAACAUACAACCAACUUCUGAGACAGAUUUUGUAGAAGUGGGAAAACAUCCCUGUAAAUUACUUCCAAAACUGAAAGCAAGUCUACUGAAAAAAUAGAUACUGUGAUAAACGCAAAGGGUGGACACAGUAAAUACUGAAGAACUUGAUACUAUAUUUAAUUCACUGAAAUUAUCUGUUAAAUAAAUGAAGUAUUUUGUUCCAGAUUGCUGUAGCAAUUUUAGGUAUGUAGUUUUUGAAAACAAUAAUAGCUAACAUUUAUUUCACUAAUGAAGAUGUUAUUAAUCAUAAUGUAGUAAGACUACUCCCAACAGUGUAUAUUGAAGAAAAAAAAAACAGUAAUGCGUUUUGGAACAAAACCUUUCAUACUGAAAAAUGAGUAACAU